AUGGGUGACCUAACGGACCCACAAAUGACGCCGUCCCAUGCCACCGCCGCCACCCCCUCCUCCAACCCUCGCCCCAUGCCCGUCCGCGAAGACUGCUGGAGCGAAGACGCUACCUCCACUCUCGUCGACGCCUGGGGCCGCCGUUACCUCGAGCUCAACCGCGGGUGCCUCCGUCAGAAGGACUGGCAGGAGGUCGCUGACGCCGUCAACGCCCUUCACGGCCACACCAAGAAGACCCACCGCACCGACGUCCAGUGCAAGAACCGCAUCGACACCAUCAAGAAGAAGUACAAGUUCGAGAUGAAUAGGGUUUCGUCCUCCAACGGAGCCCUAACCUCUUCUUGGCCUUUCUUCGAGAGGCUCGACGCUCUCAUCGGAUCUAACUACAAGAAGCCGUCUCCUUCGCCCCCGGUCGCUGUUCCGUUGCCUUUAGGGUAUAGGAAGACGCCGUCUCCGGCGACCGUUGUGACGGCCGUGGCGCUGCCGCAGAAGCGGUCUGCGUCGUCUGCGGCGGUCGACGAGGGUUCCUUCAGGAUGAAUUACUCGGCUGUGGCUGCGGCGGCAGCGGCAGGGGCUGAGGAUGAGGACGACGAGGACGAGGAUGAGGACGACGAGGUGAACUACGAGGUUGAUGAGGAGGUUGAGAUGGAGAGGGAGAGAGAUAGCGGAGGCGAGAUUGGAGGAGGAGGAGGAGGAGAAGGGUUGAAGAGAUUGGCAAGAGCGAUUGAGAGGUUCGGGGAGGUGUAUCAGAGAGUGGAGGCCGAGAAGUUGAGGCAGAUGGUGGAGUUGGAGAAGCAGAGGAUGCAAUUCGCCAAUGAUUUGGAGGUGCAGAGGAUGAAUAUGUUCAUGGACACGCAGGUCCAGCUCGAGCGGAUCAAGCACGGCAAGCGAUCGGGCUCUAAUGGUGAGGCAAAUCUUUCCUCUUUCUUGUGUGUGUUUGGUUUGAGUUUGUAA